AAAUUACAUCUAAGUUAUUGACAGAAUAUUGUUUGACAGAUACAUCCUUAAAAGAUGAAAUUAAACAUCCAAGGACAAAAUCUUACAGAUAAGGACAAGUUGAUCUCCACUUGCCACCUGUUAUAAGGUUAAUUACUUAUUUGCCCUUAACUUAUUUUUUUGGGAAUAUAUUCCCUUACUGCUACAGAGACCGUCUCUCUCUCUCUCUUUAUCUUUCUCCUUCGUCAGCGACAGCUUCUUCUUCUUCUUCUUUAAUUUGAAACGCAGUGAGAGAACCCGUCCAUGGAAGCUUUCCAAUUUCUCUUCUCCUAUUGAAAGCGAUCGAAUUUCCAUUAUGUCAAAGUCAACAUUUGGAAGAUUUACAUAUGGGACAGAGACUAUUCUUUUACCGUUGUCAUCAAGCACCACGUAUGAAAAUUUGUGUGCCAAAAUUUCCUCAAGGUUUCGAAACCUCAAGGAUGGUCAAUUUGUUUUUAGAUAUGCACUUAACGAUUGCCCCAAUUGCUACUUAGAGUGUGACGAUGAUAUUUUGAUCAUGUUGGAUAUCUUCCAACUGCUAAAUUUUCCCUUUAUAGAUAUACAUGUUCUUGAUGUUGGAGCUUGUUCCAAGAUGUGUGUCGAUAAACAGGAAAUUGCUGCUACUGUGGAUACUGCUAUUGUGAAUAUCCCUGAACUUGUUGAUGAAGAUCAUGCUAGUAGUGAUGAUUCAAACCUUGAGGAUGACAACAACAUGAUAAUUGGAAAUUUUGUGAGCAAUAAGUCUAAAAGGAAGUAUAUGUCUAGUGAUUGGAAUGACAAUAUAUAUAAGAUUGGUCAAGUUUUCAUUGGUGGUGCCGUCGAAUUUCGGGAUAAGUUGUGCAAGUUUGCAGUUGAGAAGGGGUUUGAGUUUAACUAUGUUAAGAAUGACAAGUGCCGUGUUAGUGCUACUUGUGCCAAGAAAGAUUCCGAUGGGUGUGAAUGGUAUGUUUAUGCUUCCUUAAGCAAGGCUAGUGGUUAUUUCCAUAUAAUAAAGUUGGUGAAUAAUCAUUCUUGUGUUGGUGUUGUCCGGCAUCAAAAUCAUAAGAGGUUAGGAUCCAAAGUUAUUUCCACUAUUAUGGCUGAUAAAGUCAGAUCCGAUCCUUUAAUUAAGCCCAAGGAUAUUGUCAAGCAUUUCAAGCAUGAUUAUGGGUUUGAUAUUCCUUAUCACAUGGCAUAUAGGGGCAAAGAGGCUGCUAAUAAGAUGUUACAUGGUAGUGAAGCAUUUGGGUAUUCUCUAUUGCCUUGGUAUAUUGACACAUUAAAGAGAACUAACCCCGGUUCAUAUUGCAUUCUUGACUCUCUUGAUAAUCGUUUUCGUCGAUUGUUUAUAUCUUAUGGGGCUUGCAUAAACGGCUUCAAAUAUUGUCGACCUAUGUUGUUCCUUGAUGGGACUUUUAUUAAAAACAAGUAUAAGGGGAUGCUAUUGGGUGCUUGUGCUAAAACAGGGAACAAAGAUGUUUUCCCAUUUGCCUUUGCCAUUGUUGAUGCUGAAAGUAAAGAGAAUUGGAGGUGGUUCCUUGAACAUUUGGCAAUAAUCUUGGCGAGCGACUACCGGACUAUUGUAUUCAUGACAGACCGUGGAGCUGGUCUUUUGGAUGGUGUGAAAGAGGUGUUUCCAAAUGCGCCUCACUCCUACUGUAUCAAGCAUCUAAAGGACAAUUUGAAUGGCAGGUAUCCAAGUUCCUAUGGUUCUACUUUUAAGGAACACAUUGUGAGAUUGUUUACACAAGCUGCAUAUGCUAGGACUUUAGAUAUCUUCAAUGAAAAGUUGGAAGAAUUUAGGAAGCAAAGUCGUGGGCAGGGUCAGUCCUUUCUUGCUAACUUGCCACCCGAAAACUAUGCUAUUGCUUGCUUCCCUGCUAAAAGAUAUGGCGAAAUGAGUAAUUCUUUGGCAGAGAGCUUCAACAACAUGGUCAAGGAUGAGAGAUGCAUGCCGCUGCCUCAGUUGCUUGAAGGCAUUCGUGUGAGAGUUAUGGAGAUUUUUUGUGAAAGGAAGGUUCAAUCUUCUACUUGGAGGAGUGUGCUAUGUCCUAAGCUUGAGAAAAAGUUGUCGAAAAGGAUAGAAACAGGGAGAAAUUGGAGAGUUAGCCAGUCUACUAAUGAUAUUUUUGAAGUUUGUACAGAGGAUAGCAAUGUCAUGGUGAACUUGGUUGAGAGGGAGUGUUCUUGUGCUUGGUGGCAGUUUAGGUGCUUCCCAUGUUCUCAUGCAGUUCAAGUAAUGCAGAAGGCGAACCGUAUCCCUUACCGUUACAUUGAAGAUUACUGGAAGACCUCAUUCUAUAGAAGUGCUCAUGAUCUUCCUAUUUUUCCAGUCCCGGAUCUUGAUAAGCCCAAUCCUAGUAGUUUUGGUGAUUCAGCUUUGCAACCUCCCAAGACUCGAAAACCUCCCGGAAGACCACGGACAAGGAGGAUCAAGUCGUUUGGGGAAGAGUCCAGACCAGUGAAAUGCACACGGUGUGAUCAACUUGGCCACCACAAUCGCAGGUCAUGCAAUGUGGCGAUCUGAGACAGUAGCACAUUCAACAGUAACAGUAGCACAUGACAUGAUUCAGCAGUAGCAAAUUGAUUCAACAGUAGCAGCAGAUGGCAUGAUUCAACAAUAUGACAUGAUUCAGCAAUAGCACAUAACAUGAUUCAGCAGUAGCAGAUUGAUUCAACAGUAGCAGAUGGCAUGAUUCAACAAUAUGACAUGCAAUUUUUUGAUUCAUAUAUGUUCGCACUGCAAUUUUAUAUAGUAGCAGUGCCUCAGAUUAAUUUUUUGAGUUUUUGAGAAGUUUCUAUGUCAUGAGGAACUGAGUAUUAUAGGGAUAAAUGGUCAUGGAUGAUCGUUUUCAAGCAAUAGCUUAUUCAACAGUAGCAUAUGACAUUGUUUCGUUGUAGCAAAUUACAGAAAAAAGUUUAAUUUCAGUGAUUGAUA